AUGGCUGUUUCGUAUGUUCACAUGCUUCAAUCUGCUAAGGGUUUCCACAAGCGUAACCUCUCUUAUUCCAAUUGCAGUUACAAGGGGAGGAGGAGCCACUGCAUUGUUUUUUCUUCUAUGCACACAUCAAACCCUAAGGUAGACUCAUUACUGGACAGUGUAAAAUGGGAUAACAAAGGUUUGGCUGUGGCAAUAGCUCAGAAUGUUGACACGGGGGCCAUAUUAAUGCAAGGUUUUGCAAAUAGAGAAGCAGUGGCUACAACCCUAUCUUCUCGAAAGGCCACAUUCUAUAGCCGAUCACGAUCUGCAUUGUGGACCAAAGGAGAGACCUCUAAUAAUUUUAUCAAUGUUCAUGAUGUCUUUAUUGAUUGUGAUCGUGAUUCUAUAAUAUACCUUGGGAAACCUGACGGGCCUACCUGUCACACGGGGGCAGAAACAUGCUAUUAUACAUCAGUUUUUGACUUGUUAAAACAGCAAGAGGAUGAAGGAAAUAAAUUGGCAUUAACCUCUUUGUAUGGGUUAGAGUCAACAAUCUCCCAACGUAAAGCAGAGUUAGCAGAAACAGAAAAUGAAAAGCCUUCGUGGACAAAGCGAUUAUUGCUUAAUGAUAAGUUGCUAUGCUCUAAAAUCAGAGAAGAGGCAAACGAGUUGUGUCAAACACUAGAGAAUAAUGAGGACAAGUCACGUACUGCAUCAGAGAUGGCUGAUGUACUCUAUCAUGCCAUGGUUCUGUUGGCAAAGAAAGAUGUCAAAAUUGAAGAUGUUUUGCAGGUUCUUCGGCUGAGAUUUUCCCAAUCUGGCAUUGAGGAGAAGAGAAGUCGUGUAUCCCAAAAAUCAAUGGAUGAUUGAAUGUAUGUUAAGUCUAUAUCUCAAACAAUAUAUUUAGCUUUUGCUGACAUAGUCGGAUGUACCAUGCUUGUUCUUAUCCAUGUGACUAUGCUGAGCAGUGCAACUUUGUUAAAUAGCAUAAAUAAUGUCAAGAACACCAUGUAACUGUUAUCCUCACUUUUUUGUAGAGAUCAGUUUUCACCUUUUUAAAGGUUUAGUUAAUU